AUGACUAACCACGUCGGCGGGUCUUCACUCCUUCAGGCCCGCAAUAACCACCACCACAACCACAACCGCCAUCGUCAUUUGCAUUCUCCGCAUCCGCAUCAGCAGGACCAGCAGCAUGUUGCCCGCGGCGGACUCGUAGGCGACGAGAGCAAUACUAACAACAACCACAUUCGUUCAUCACCAGAAGACAAAAAGCUGCACGCCCGCGAGGUCGUCGUCGUCCAGACCGUCGCCGUCGUGCACGUCGUCGAUGCCACGGGCGCCGUAAUUAGCGUCGCAACAAUUCUCUCCGACGCCGUCACACGCCCGCCGUCAGAACCCGUCGCGGGUGUCACCGCCGCCGGUCUUUCGGCGUUGGGUAACGCAUUGCCCAGCGUGUCUGCAUCUGCGCCCCAGGUAUCGGGCGAUGGAGCGCCUUCGUCCACCGCCGCCUCCGCCCGGGCCGAGUCGACACCCCUGUCGCUGUCCUCCGGCCAGGAGACGGUGACGCCCGCUCCUUCCAGCAGCAGCGCCACCUCUUUUCCCACGUUCUCAUCCUCUGGGGGGUUCAACUCCUCAUCCGUUCGCUUCCCGUCACUCUUUAACAACAGCACAUCGGUGCAUUCAUUUUACACAAACUCUACAAAGUCAUCUUCAUCCACUCGUUCCAAGCAAUCAUCUAAAAGCCAGUCUAUCACUGCGACCACUACUCUCAAUCUUCAGAUUACAACCCCCGCGGCCGGGGCCGGUGGCGAUGGCGCCCCGGGCGUUGGCGGAGGGGCUACCGCGCCCGCGCAAGCCUCUGCAACCGGGACGGGUUCGCCCAGCCCCGGGCUCACGCCUGCUGCCCAGAGCGCCGUCAUUGGCGGCGUAGUUGGCAGCAUUGCCGGCAUUGCCAUCAUUGCUCUGUUUCUCAUGUUUAUUAUCAAGUGGAAGAAGCGCCAAGGUGGCAAGAUUAUGCUCCUGGGAGAUGGAGGAGAUAGCCCCCUCCAGGGGCGCGGUCAACCCUCGGGGUCGGGCGGAGGGGGGGGAAUGAUGUCGCAGAGGUCCAUUCCGUUUGCCAUUCCGUCCGCCCUCGCCAAGCUGAGCGGGAACAAACGAAUUGCCGAAGGACCCGCCGACGAGCCGAGCUCCGGAGAGAGGGGCUUCUAUCGGGUCUCGGGCAAGAAGUUGCUGCCAGUCCUGCAAUCGGGGGGAGACGGCUACAGCGACCCCAGCGACCGCCAAGAUAGGAAUCCCCACGACAGUACGAUGAGCGGCGCAUCCUACUACAGAGACUCGCAGGCUUUCUUCGACGACGCACCGCGACUACAACUGCAGCUUGGGUCGCCGAUGCGCCCGGAGAGCGGCGUGCCAAUCAUGAGGUCCGGCCCCGGCCGGACGCCGGUCAAGGAGCAAGCGGCCUUCUUUUCGGACCAUCGUCCAUUGACUCCUCCGACGAUCGACCCGCUCGGUCGGAGCCUCAUGCCGCAAGCCGGGUCGCGCGGGUCUGGCGGAUCCGGCUCGCGGUUCACCGAGGAUACUUGA